GCAUCGUCAACUGAUUGUUGUCAGAAACCGAAACGUCUGCUCCUCCCUUAAAAACCACCAGGAUUGUGCAUUGAUGUUGAAGAUUUCUAAUAAAUCCAAAGAAAUCUUGUAGUAUAACUCAUCAUGGCGUUCACUUUUGCGGCUUUUUCUUACAUCUGUGCUCUCGUCCUAGACGCUUUCCUCAUCUUCUUCUCUAUAUUCCACAUAAUUGCUUUUGACGAGCUCAAGACAGAUUAUAAAAAUCCAAUUGAUCAGUGCAGCAGCUUGAAUCCGCUAGUUCUACCUGAAUAUGCUAUUCACAUAUUAUUCAACUUGAUGUUUCUCUUUGCGGGAGAAUGGUUUACACUCAUGUUCAAUAUUCCACUAAUUGCUUAUCACAUCCACAGAUACUUGAACAGACCUGUGAUGAGUGGAGCUGGACUCUAUGAUCCUACAAACAUCAUGAAUCAAGAUGUCUUAAAUAAAUGUCAACGGGAAGGAUGGAUCAAGUUGGCCUUCUAUCUCCUAUCCUUUUUUUUCUACCUCUAUGGGAUGAUUCGUUCACUCAUUUCUUCAUGAUUGGUCACAAGUAAUAGCUCAUUCAUUAAACUAUUAGUUUUAAGUUGAUUGGUUUCAGCCUAGCAAGAGUGACUUGAAGUGCGUUCGAGUUUUUGAACAAAUUUCUUCCCUACUUAGGUUCUCUUCGAUUUUGUUACGCCAAUGGCUAUCGUGAAAGAGUUUUGGUUUUUCCCUUUCUAAUCACUGUUUGGCUCGUAUUUCACACGACUAUAAUAAACCUCAUUUGACAAAAAUA